AUGGUGGAUGCUGAAACUAUCGCCAACUCUAGGAUCGACAUUCAAGUUGACAAAAUUAGAAGGUUUCAAGUGAGAUCAGAUGAUAUUUUUGUUAUAACAUAUCCAAAGUCCGGGACAACAUGGAUGAAAGAACUCGUUCCAUUGGUGUUAAACGGUGGUGACAUAGAAGCCAUUAAAGACAAAGCACCCGAUGCUAGAAUGCCUUACAUAGACUUUGCUCUAACCAGUGACCUGCUUGUAAAGAAUAUGCUGUCUGAUUUUGGUGUAAAUGAGGAUUUUGAUUUAAAUAAAAGGAUGUCGCCAAGAACUAUGGUUUCGCAUUUGGAGGCGAAAUAUUUACCACAGCAAAUUGAAGAAAAGAAAUGUAAGGUCAUCUAUGUCGCUCGCAAUCCAAAGGAUGUGGCUGUUUCCUGCUUUCAUUUUGUCCAAGCAUUACUGAAAAGGAUUGACAAUUCACAAUGUUACAAGAGUUUCAGUGCCUUUCUACCUGAUUUUAUCAUAUGUAAGAAUGAUGCACAACAUGUGAUCUACGAUGGUUCACUAUGGAAGGACCAUGUUCUCCACUGGUGGAGUCGAAGACACGAUAGCAAUGUCCUAUUUAUGUUUUAUGAAGAUAUGAAACAAGUAAAUUCAAUAUUUACACAUUAUACUUCACAUCACAUUAAACGAAAAUCACGAGUUAAUAUGUGUUUAAUAUUCUAGUUCUACCAUGCGAACAGUAUAUUAUCUUAUUCACUACAGACGUUUUUUAUGAAAUCACAAUAAUAUUAUAACUUCACCAAACCCAAGGUUAGAUAACAAUAAGAAUAAUCUGUGGAAAAUACUCCAUGGACAUUAUGAUUUGUAUUAGUAAUUUUGCAUUUUUUUUCAUAAUAGUGAGUAUAUACAAUUUACACAUAUACAUCAAAG